UUCAGACUUUGAAGGACCAGACUUUACUUUCUAAUGAGUACCAUGACGGGCCGGGAUGAGGUCGGUGAGGAGAAACCCAAAGUCAAGAUGCUGUCUCCGGGAUUUGGGAUUGAUAAGUCCCGUUUGCACGGAUCCGGGUUCCGGUCCAAAGGUUUUGCCAUCACAGACCUGUUGGGUCUGGAGUCGGACUUGCAGGCUCGUCAGCAGCCCGGGCAUCCCCCGGUUUCGGGCCUGUCGAUAACGGGCUCGGGCCCCGGUUCAGAGUCGCAGGGGUCCGGCGGCGGCCUCGGCGGGUUCUCGUUCCCGGGGGGGUCUCUGCCGCUUGGCCUCGGGUUCCUGUGCAGCCUGGCGGCCCAGCAGCCGGCCGGGGCGCCCUGUUUCCUGCCGGGUCACCUGCCCCUGCUGCAGGCCCGGGCCGACAGCCACUACCUGCAGAACCUGGAGGCCCAGAGGGACGCAUACUCCGAUGAAGAGUGUCUCUCUGACCGCAACGACUCCAAGAACUCCUCCAACUCUCAGAAGAGGAAGAAGAGGAGGCACAGGACGGUGUUCACGUCGCACCAGCUGGAGGAGCUGGAGAAAGCCUUCCAUGAGGCGCACUAUCCGGACGUGUACGCCCGAGAAAUGCUCGCCAUGAAGACGGAGCUGCCCGAGGACAGGAUACAGGUUUGGUUCCAGAACCGUCGGGCAAAGUGGCGAAAGCGUGAGAAGUGUUGGGGUCGCAGCAGCGUCAUGGCCGAGUACGGUCUGUACGGCGCCAUGGUGCGGCACUCCAUCCCGCUGCCAGAGUCCAUCCUCAACUCCGCCAAGAACGGCAUGAUGGGAUCCUGCGCCCCCUGGCUGCUCGGUGAGCCGCAUACACGAAUGCACAAGAAGUCUCUGGAAAUGUCCAAAAAGUGUUCCAGCCCUCCGCAGUCAGACCCUGCCCGCUCCGACUCGUUCUGCGAUGCCCCCGAGCGUCGGGGCAGUGGACCCUGCGAGCCUCGCCAGGCCGAGCACGAGGAAGAGGAGCUGUUGGAGAUGGAGGAUGAGGAGGAGAUGGAGGAAGAGGUGGCCAUCGACCUGUCCAGCUCCUCCAAGCAGCAGCAGCAGCAGCAGCAGGCGGAGGAGGCGGGAGGCUCGGGGAGCUCCACCGCCUCCUCGCCGCGGCGGCAGAGCGGCGGCGAGUCAGACAAACACAGCUGAAGGAUGGGCAAACGGAAGAGUUGGGACUGAACGUGAGGCGGCGCAGUGAGGAUGAGGAUGAUGAAGAGAGCACAGGGAGCUGAUUGGCUCUUUGAUCAACUGAGUGACAGCCAAUGAGUGAAGAGCGUCACACUGAACACGACUGAAAGACAACAUUGUGCGAGCAUGCUAAAAUGCUAUUAUAUGAUGCUAACAAAAAUUUAGCAUGCCACAGUACUAACAGAUGGAAAUCACUGACUAAAUUAGCAUUUUCAUUUUACAGACCUUCAAUAGUGAGCUAAUAUUAAGCUAGUUACCAUAUUAAUGCUAACACUGGCUCAUUGUUAACUCAAAUGCUAAUGAAUGUCCAACAGAGUGUUAGCUAACAUUAGCUUAAUCACUAACUAUAGGCUAAUACUCCAACAAGCUAACACAGGCCCACAAACACUACACAUGAUGAAAUCUAAAUUCAGGGGGUUUGACAUGUAGCUUGUGUGUUAGCAUACCGUUGAUUGUCUGUAUGCUUUGACCCGUGAUGGCGGCUCUGUCAGUGUUUGUGUGCUCACACCCUGUGAAGCCUGUUACAGUCCUUCAUGGUGACCGGCUCUUUGUUGAAUGCGUCAGACUGUCGGUGUGUUAGCAUGCUGCUCGUUCAUUUCAAAGGAUUCGAGCUCUGCCAGCUCUCUGUGCUCUCAGGAUGGAGACAUGCUAACGUGCUGCGCAGCGCGAGGAGUGCAGAGACAUGUAAAGGACUUCUGGACAUCUUCAGGAGCGUGUACAUGAUGGUGUCUCUGUCUAUGUGUGUGUGUGUUAUUUAUUGUUCUGACAGUCUGUUGUAUAUUCUCGUUGUUCUUUCUGAAGAUAAGAGACUAUUUCAUGUUUCACUCCUGUUUGUGUUUUAUAGUUGGACUCUCUGUGGAGCAUGACGCUCUCUGAAUGUAAAUGAAGUGUAAUAUUAAUAUUUAUUAUCAUGAUCAUAUGUAUGUACAGCAGCAGAUC